AGGGAGUAGACACCAGAUGGAAACCGAAAUUACAUUUAUAACCUGAGCAGAAGGUUAGGUUUGGCGAGAACACUGUCGUCAUUCUGACUCCCAUCAGCCAGUGUGAGGGCAGCUUCAAAGAGGACAUCUUCUGUGAAAUUAUUAAACAAGAGAUGGCUGCAAUACAGCAUCCCCCGACAGUGUGAAGCCCUCAUUAAUCUGAUGGAUACUGACAGCUGAAUUGACAGGACCCUGUCAUUAUACCAAGUCCUCAACAAGCUUGUUAAGCAGAGGGCUGGAUUCUAUGCAGUAGUCCUGUCUGUAGUCCUGCCUGCAGGAGAAGAUAAGCUGACAGAAGCAGUAGGUCUGAUGUGGAGGCAGGGCCGGACCUUGUGACCUAGUGCAGGGGGAGGCACACCAUGAUCUCCACGGUACUCCGUUGGCUGUUUCUGGUGUCCUUCAUCGUGGUGACCAUCGGCGGGAACGUGCUGGUGUGUUUGGCCGUGGGGCUCAGCCGCCGCCUGCGCCGCAUUGCUAACUGCUUUGUUGUGUCACUAGCUGUGACGGAUCUGUUGCUGGGCCUGCUGGUGCUUCCCUUCUCUGCCACCCUGGAGCUGCGGAGUGGACACUGGCCCCUGGGGGGCACCCUAUGUAACAUCUAUGUGUCUCUGGAUGUGAUGUUUUGUACGGCCUCCAUUCUGACUCUGCUGGCCAUCAGUGUGGACCGUUACCUGGCCAUCUCAGCCCCACUCUGCUACCCCCGCAGGGUCACCCCUCCCCGAGUAGCCCUGGCCAUCACCACCAUCUGGGUCACUUCCCUGGCCAUGUCCUUCCUCCCCAUCCACCUGGGCUGGAACACGGCUGACUUCAGGGUGCAGAACCUGGACUGGGGCAUUUGGGACGAGGUGGAGGAGGGACGCACCUGCCGCUUUGAGUGGCAUAACAACUACGUGCUCCUAGAUGCCUUUGGCACCUUCUACCUCCCACUACUGGUCAUGUGCGGGAUGUACCACUGCAUCUUUCAGAUAGCACGCAAACAGGUACGGCGUAUCCGAGCUGCCACACCCUCAUUCGCCCCCACAGCAUCAGCGGCGGCCACAGCGCGGGAGCACAAGGCCACAGUGACUCUAGCAGCAGUCCUGGGGGCCUUCAUUAUCUGCUGGUUCCCCUAUUACACCUUCUUUACCUGCAUGGGCAUCGGGGCAGAGACUAACCCCCCUACUACUGCCCACUCUGUGGUGCUGUGGCUGGGCUACUUUAACUCCGUUGUCAACCCCAUCCUGUACCCAGCCUUGAAUAGGGACUUCCGCAGAGCCUAUGGGGAGCUGCUGUGCUGCAGGGGGCCACGGUGGAGACACAUAUCCACAACUAUCUGUGUGUCCUUGCAGAAACAAGUGCCCCUCUCUAGCGAACACAGAGACACUGAUCUGACCAAUGGCCACACAGACACCCUCCCUAAAGACAAUUAGCCAGAGGGAAAGAGCCUCACCUCUCAGAAGAGCAAUGGCAGCAGCAUUGCUGACCAGACCUGGUAAAAUACAAUACACACUGGAUAGGGACUAGGUAACACAUGCAGGACACUUUAUAAAGGUGAAUGAGGGACAGUUGUGCAGGAGCUAGUACAGUAUGAUAUAAAAUGGCUGAUACGUUAUCUACCACCUGCUUAUAAAACAAAGGAGAACAAACCCAUACCAAGAAGAUAAAGAGAACAGAGAGCCGAGUCAAUAUUAACUGUCUAAAUAGCUGUGUCUGUGCUGAUCAUUUCCCAGCUAACUGAUGGAGACAUAGGCAGUUACAUGUUUUGGUGAUCCUCUCUGUUGCAGACCCACUUGUGGUGAAUUAGUGACUAACCUGGAUGGAUUUACUUGAAUGUAUAUGUGUGUUCAUCCCUAAAAGGUACAGAAUGUCCAGUCAGAGCUACAGUAUGUUGGAUGGCUUCCAGGAGGUUGACGGAGGGGACACAAGGACAUCUGGAUGUGUCAUCCAGGCAUCCCGGCCCCAUAUGGGAUACCUGUCCACCUUUAAAUAAUGUACCCCUGCAUCAACAGCCAGUUGAUGUAGUUCCACUGGGCAUAGGUUCCCUCACAUCAGUGGUUUCUAAACCUUUUGGUGUCGUGACAUCUUCCUAUGGUCCUCAGAUUAACAUAACUGUUUCCUGCCACAGCCGACAGCCCAAUCUGUGACGCAGUAGAAAUAACUGACCUACUGUUUGACAAUUAUUAUCUCACAUCAACCCAACAACCCCCACAUUCACAUGUGCUGCCAAGAAACACUCACCUGUGCUGCUAUUAUAUGGCAUGUGACAUUCACACCAUGAGACGUUACUGUUGACUGUUUAUCAGAAUGUAGUGUAAUUUGCCCACUGGAUUUGUAGACUUUGUUUCUGUCUGGCCAUGUGACCUCAUAUUGUACAUACAAUAGUUCAUAAUAUAAGUGAAUGACAUUUUUCAAAAAGUCCCCGCACAAUCAAAUACUCUCAUUCACACUCAGACACUUGCAGACUAUGUACUUUGUCUGCAAUGACUUCUAUAAAUGACGUGUCCCUGCCCUCUAGUGACCAGAUGUGUCAUCACACUCACCCUCACAAGAAGAGGUGACAAAAUCAAUUGUAUCAGUAUCCGUGUGUACAAAUCAUUGUUACAGACAUAUGUUUAUCUAUAAUGUAUUAUACAUGUACAUACGACCAAUUAUAAUGACCUAAUAUGUCCUGGUUAUUGUUGAACUGCAAAGCAAGAAAUAAAAUUCCAAUCUGAAAAUGGAAUUUAAACAUCACCUGACAAUUUAUUUUCACUAAGCACUUUCAGGCAUGAUACAGUACAGUACCUGUACUGUAAUUAAAAUCUGGAGAAACAACUACCAAUUCUCCACUCUCACACUCUGAACCCUCUCCAGCAACCAAAUCCUUCUUCUGGAAACUCUUGUUGCUCUUGCUCUCAGUGACGAACCACUUCAUAUCUGAAGACAGACAGCAAUCAUAUCCUCAAUAUCAUACACAACUGUUUUUGACAUUAUACCUUUACGUGAGGAUAUUGUUUCUUCUUGUUAUGUGUUUUUUUUAUAUAUCUGUAGUAGUAGUGAACAACUUCUCCCUCCAGGGAGAAGUUGUCUGAGCUCCAAGGAGAC